GGGAUCAAGAAGCAGAAGACGGAGAGCCAGCAGAAAUCCACCAAUGUUGUCUAUCAGGCCCACCAUGUGAGCAGGAACAAGAGAGGCCAGGUGGUUGGGACACGGGGCGGAUUCCGAGGCUGUACCGUGUGGCUAACAGGUCUGUCUGGUGCUGGAAAAACGACCAUAAGUUUUGCUCUGGAGGAGUACCUUGUGUCCCACGGCAUCCCGUGCUACUCCCUGGAUGGGGACAAUGUCCGUCAUGGCCUUAACAAAAACCUUGGAUUCUCUCCCGGGGACAGAGAAGAAAAUAUCCGCCGAAUCGCCGAGGUGGCCAAGCUGUUCGCUGACGCUGGUCUGGUCUGUAUUACCAGCUUCAUUUCUCCAUUCACAAAGGACCGUGAGAACGCCCGCAAGAUCCACGAAUCUGCAGGACUGCCAUUCUUUGAGAUAUUUGUGGAUGCACCUCUAAACAUCUGCGAAAGUCGAGAUGUCAAGGGCCUCUACAAGCGCGCCCGAGCCGGGGAGAUCAAAGGGUUUACGGGUAUUGACUCUGACUACGAGAAGCCCGAAACUCCUGAACUUGUGCUCAAAACCAACCUGUUCCCAGUGGGCGACUGUGUCCAGCAGGUGGUGGAGCUCCUGCAGGAGCAGAACAUUGUACCCCACACUAUAAUGAAAGGCAUCCAUGAACUCUUUGUGCCAGAGAACAAACUUGACCAAGUCCGAGCUGAGGCGGAAGCCCUCCCAACACUGGCCAUUACCAAGCUGGACCUUCAGUGGGUCCAAGUUCUGAGCGAAGGCUGGGCCACUCCCCUCAAAGGUUUUAUGCGGGAGAAGGAAUACCUACAGGCUAUUCACUUUGACACCCUCCUGGACGAUGGAGUGAUCAACAUGAGCAUCCCCAUUGUACUACCUGUCUCUGCGGAUGAUAAGACGCGGCUGGAGGGACGCAGUGAGUUUGUCCUGACACACAAUGGACGGAGAGUAGCCAUCUUACGAGACCCUGAAUUCUACGAACACAGAAAGGAGGAGCGUUGUUCCCGUGUGUGGGGGACAGCGUGUGCCAAACACCCCCAUAUCAAAAUGGUGAUGGAAAGUGGGGAUUGGCUGGUUGGUGGAGACCUGCAGGUGCUGGAGAGAAUCCGGUGGAAUGACGGGCUGGACCAGUACCGCCUGACGCCUCUGGAGCUCAAGCAGAAAUGUAAAGAAAUGAAUGCUGAUGCGGUGUUUGCCUUCCAGCUGCGCAACCCCGUCCACAAUGGCCACGCUCUGCUGAUGCAGGACACCCGCCGCCGGCUCCUGGAGAGGGGUUACAAGCACCCCGUGCUCCUGCUGCACCCUCUGGGUGGCUGGACCAAGGAUGACGAUGUGCCCCUGGACUGGCGCAUGAGGCAGCAUGCAGCUGUGCUUGAGGAAGGUGUCCUGGACCCCAAGUCAACCAUCGUGGCCAUCUUCCCGUCUCCAAUGUUGUACGCCGGCCCCACGGAGGUCCAGUGGCACUGUAGGUCUCGGAUGAUCGCAGGGGCCAACUUCUACAUCGUGGGCCGGGACCCUGCUGGAAUGCCCCACCCUGAGACCAAGAAAGACCUGUAUGAACCCACUCAUGGGGGCAAGGUCUUGAGCAUGGCCCCUGGUCUGACCUCUGUGGAAAUCAUUCCAUUCCGAGUGGCUGCCUACAACAAAAGCAAGAAAGCCAUGGACUUCUAUGAUCCAGAAAGGCACAACGAAUUUGACUUCAUCUCAGGGACCCGGAUGAGGAGGCUGGCCCGGGAAGGAGAGAAUCCCCCGGACGGCUUCAUGGCCCCCAAAGCGUGGAAAGUCCUGACGGAUUAUUACCGGUCCCUGGAGAAGAACAACUAAAAUGUCCUCCAGCUCCAGAAGUUUCUUCCUGAAGUGCUCUUCGAUUCCUUUUUCUAUUUUUGUGAUUAGAUGCUUGAUACAGAAUUGCUUCUCAGUGACUGAUUUUUCAUGUUUUAUGAUGAGGGUAAAAAUUGUGUCUAUUAAUUUAAAGUCAACUUCAAUAACAUAUAAAAGAAAGUCACACUGAAGACCACAUCUUAGCAGGUGACAGCAAUGCUGUUAUGAUUUCAGGAUGAAAUUACUUGUAUUCUCUACUGCAUCUGAUUUGGCAGGUCCCAGAUUCCUUGAUGCUUUGACCGUGUGCCUAGUUUCCUCGCCAGAAGGUAAAAGAGUAUUUUCCAGCAUAAGUCUUGCCAAGCUGCGCUCGCCCAGUGUCAUGGUAGUCAAAUACACCAGUGAGCAACCUCUUCUGUCCGAGCGACCUAAGAGGGGGAGAAAGUCCUCACCCCAAGUGAGGUGUGGCUCACCUGAUUCCUGCCGCUAUUUCACCCCCUGUACAACCUUGCUGCCCGAUGGUGCUCACCUGCCUGGAGACACCAAAUGUGUGGGAAUGCGAAUUUAAUCUCUGAUCUAUGCAACUUAGUUCCACUGAGAAAGUUACGUUGUCUCGUAAAGAAGGCUUAGGGCCCUUGUGUGAAUAAUCGAAGUCCAGUGAUUUUCAGUUGGAGAGCCACGUGCGCUUUGACCAAAAGAUUUGCGUGCUGGGCUCCCACCAUCCGGUGCGUUGCGGCAGGUCAAUCUCCCUCCUCUUUGCUGUCAUUGUGUCCUGGGCGAGGGUGCAGCUGAAACUGGUUCAUGCCAUCAGACUAGGGAGCUGCCAGGAUGGGAGGAGAUCGCAGAAAACGUGGCCUCCAACCCUUUGGUCUCUUGCGGGGACCACACUAGAUGAUGUGUAGUGCGUGCUCCAUGAGCUGCUGAGGCUGCCCGAAAAACGCACCGCUGGCAUUGUGUAGUAAGUACCAGGGGCCCUGAGUGGGCACACCUCCACUUCACUCCGCAUCUGGUGCUGUCUGCACCGUACAUAUGCCCCUCAGUUGCUUGGCCAAAUUCCUUGCACCAGGGCACUUACAAAGCAGCCUUCUUGGAUGCCAGGAGGUCCAGGGUUUCCUCAACGCUGCUGAUCUUGGUAUGGCUGCAAAAACAAAACAAAACAAAACUUUUCCAAAGACUUAUGCUGUGCCAAGACACCUAACCUCCAAUGGCUUUACUUCUUGGGAGGUGAUCUUUUGUACUUUAUGCAGAAUUCCUUGUUGCUAAAGAAUACAUGAAGAAACAGUACCUUGUGUACUUAGGUCUCUCUGGGAGGACUUAAAACUGGAAAGAGAAAACUGUGAUUUUUUCAUAUUCUCAGUAUUUUUUAAUGCAAAUCUUAGCUAACGAAAGCUCUUUUCAGAAUAAAUUGCAUACAGUGGCCACAGCAAAACAUAACUGCCUUUACUAGAAUAGUGCUUGUAUUGAUUUAAUAAUCAGAGGUACUCAUUACUGCCUUUUUAAAACAACAGCGUAUUUAUUGAAAACACGGGACAGGAUAUAGUGCCUUAACUGAUAUAUUUUGUGAUUUUAAAAAUAUAUAUUUAAAAUUGCUUUUCUGCUCUUCAUACCACACAUAGUGCAAAUGACUAUUUCUACAGACAAGUGAUCCUUGUUUUUAUUUUAAUAAAUUUCUCAAAAUGGAA